AUGGUUUGGGGUAAGCGGAGUUUGUCGAGAAGAGGCGGUUGGUGUGUUCGUGAGGAAAUCGGAGAGAGCGAGAGAGGGGCGAGAAGCAGGUAAGGCAUAAAAGCAUGGCUUCGAUUUGCCUUUCAACGGCAUAUCCGACGGCGAAAUUGCUGCCUCUGGCAUCUCCACCGGCGUCAUCUUCCAAAGCGUAUGGGUCAUCUCCAAUGAGCCGCGGCUGUGCAUGCUCCGUCGUCUUAGCACGGGUCUGCUGUCAUCCACGCCUGAUAUAUUCUCGGAGUAGGCGGCUAAAGAGGCAGGUGGUGCGUAUGGCACCUGAGGAAGAGCAAUUGACUCAACGAAAUCCUGUUGAUUUCCCUCUAGAAUGGGAAAGGCCCAAGCCAGGUCGUAGACCUGAUAUAUUUCCCAGGUUUAGCCCUAUGAAAACACCAUUGCCACCACCAUUGCCAUGUGAUCCUCCUGAAGAAGAGGAAGAGGAUGAGGAAGAGGAGGAAAAGAAGAAAGAGGGAGAGGAAGAGGAGGAAAAGGAGAAAGAGGGAGAAGAGGAGACUCCUGAGAGGAAGGAGAUAUAGGUUGCAGUGAAGCUGAAGCCUUCACACUCUCCCUUUUUGGCGCCAAGUUCUUGAUGAGGCAUUUGCAUUAGAACAUGGAUUAGAUUGUAAAAUCAUCCAGUUAGGUUACUGUUAUUACCAAUAAUUCAUAGUUGAAUGGAAAGGUUGGUGGUGCCAACCGUUUUGUGGGACUUUUGCAGGCUAGAAAGAGAACACCUUUAAUUUUCUAUUGGUAUAAUUUCUCCUUUGCAAUGUGUUUUAUGCCCCUUUUUUGUUCGGACGACUACAAGUUGUAUGAUUGGUGCGCUGCUUCAGAUUUUGGAAGAUGUAAACCUGUUCCAUGUGUUAUGACUAGGUAAUUUGUAGUA